UUAUUUCCUUUGUUCAGGGUGAAAUCGACUCUGCAAUGCAGAAAUUAUCGUCACUAAAAAUGAGCUACAAAGCUGCCACAGGAGAGGAUUACAAGGCCACCUGCUCUUCAGAGAACCCGGCACCUGGCAGCAAGGGUGGCCUGGAUGACACGGAAGCUGAGGAGGAUUUCGUGGACCCGUGGACAGUGCAGACGAGCAGUGCAAAAGGCAUUGACUAUGACAAGCUCAUUGUUCGGUUCGGAAGCAGUAAAAUUGACAAAGAGCUGAUCAACCGCAUAGAGAGGGCCAUUGGCCAGAAGCCGCACCACUUCCUGCGCAGAGGCAUCUUCUUCUCGCACAGAGAUAUGAAUCAAGUUCUCGAUGCCUACGAAAAUAAGAAGCCAUUUUAUCUGUAUACGGGCAGAGGCCCCUCUUCCGAAGCAAUGCAUCUAGGUCACCUCAUCCCAUUUAUUUUCACAAAGUGGCUGCAGGACGUGUUCAACGUGCCCUUGGUCAUCCAGAUGACGGACGACGAGAAGUACCUGUGGAAGGACCUGACCCUGGACCAGGCCUACGGCUAUGCUGUAGAGAAUGCCAAGGACAUCAUUGCCUGCGGCUUUGACAUCAACAAGACUUUCAUCUUCUCUGACCUUGACUACAUGGGGUCGAGCCCAGAAUUCUACAGGAACGUGGUGAAGAUUCAGAAGCACGUCACCUUCAACCAGGUGAAAGGCAUCUUCGGCUUCACCGACAGUGACAGCAUUGGGAAGAUCAGCUUUCCUGCCAUCCAGGCUGCGCCCUCCUUCAGCAACUCCUUCCCUCAGAUCUUCCAGGACAGGACGGACAUCCAGUGCCUCAUACCCUGUGCCAUCGACCAGGACCCUUACUUCAGAAUGACGAGAGACGUCGCCCCCAGGAUCAGCUAUCCUAAACCAGCCCUGCUGCACUCGACCUUCUUCCCUGCCCUGCAGGGGGCCCAGACCAAGAUGAGCGCCAGCGACGCCAACUCCUCCAUCUUCCUCACAGACACGGCCAAGCAGAUUAAAAACAAGGUCAACAAGCACGCCUUUUCUGGAGGGAGAGACACCGUUGAGGAGCACAGGCAGUUUGGGGGCAACUGUGAUGUGGAUGUGUCCUUCAUGUACCUGACCUUCUUCCUUGAGGAUGAUGACAGGCUCGAGCAGAUUCGAAAGGAUUACACCAGUGGAGCCAUGCUCACCGGCGACCUCAAGAAGAUACUCAUUGAGGUCCUGCAGCCCUUGGUGGCUGAGCACCAGGCCCGGCGCGAGGCAGUCACAGACGAGAUAGUGAAAGAGUUCAUGACCCCCCGGAAGCUGUCCUACGACUUUCAGUAGCGCUCAUUUUAUGCCAUCAGCACCCCAGCUUAAUCGAAUCACCGCUCCCCUAGGCCCUGCCCCAUGGUGAUUACUGGCCUCGGGUCUUUCGGCCCGUGUGUGUCAAUACUGCUUCUGUGAGCGUCAUCCUGUCCGUCCCUUGUGAGCAAAACCCUGUGGGGUGAUUGGUGCCGUGUAGCGUUGUGUGGUCAGACAGACCAGUCUAGCUGGAGUCUCUCCCACAAAGCAGCCCGAGGGUGUGGCGCCUUUGCCAGAUGUCCUG